AUGGAAUACACUAUGGCCCCAGAGCGGGAGUACCUUAGUGAUACUGCACACUUGAUCAUCUCUGAUCCCGGACAAUUCUCUACGCCAAAACAGCGCUCGCCAGCCUUUGACAUCGCUUCACACAGCCAGUUCUUCAGCACCCCACAGUGGGAUGAGAAACAUAGUGCGUGCAAUGUGAACUUUGCUGGCCUGCCUCUUCUACCUCCCCCUCAGAUAUCCCCCAAAGACUCUUAUCCUGUUGAAAAGUUCAGACCCUCGGACGUAUCAAUGAGCUACCAAUACUCCCCACCCAUUACUCCUAUUGAACAGCUUAUCCCUGAAGACUUGAGCAUGCCUCCCACUGCCCCUAUCCCGUUCGACUUGUACGGAGGAUCCAGCACUUUAUUCUCCUCAAGCAGUCAGACGACACUACAAAUCAGCGGCGUCAAUGUGACGUUAAAAGCAUACUACAGUGAUGUUGUACGCUCGCUCAGUAACACUAAGCCAAUAAUCGACUGCCGUUUGGAGUUGAAAGUGCCAAACUUUGUAUUUGACGAUAGACUGGAUCGGGUCUCUGGCAAUGAGGUGAGAUACUCUAGCGUUGCAGUGGUCUGUGACGAGCUAGUUAAUGCAACACUUGUUGGAAACAACAUAAUUCUAUGGCAGAAUGAUAGUGUUGUCCGCACAAUUAGCACGACUCGCGAUAUCAGCUCCCUGUUCCAUGACGAGACCUCCAAGACAAUACACUUUCAAUUUGUUGACGGUCAGAAAUUCGACCUGAAACUGCUCCAUCGCGACGACAUGAACUCCUGGUUGCAGUGUCUGCUCAACCCCUUUGUGCGUAUACGCACAGGAAAUAAUACCUUAUUUACUGCCCCUGCUAAUUCAUCUCAAGAUUUGCUCUCGCCGUUCAGCAUAUCAUAUACCCCGCGGAAACAGCUGAAUCUUGUGCUAAUUCUACCUCAUCCUGAGCUUUUGGGGGUUCCUAUCGGUGCCCUGGAGGGCAUGGUGUCCACUGCCUUGGGCAACAUGGGCCUGUUCGAUCGCCUCGCCGUAUCAUUCUAUGGAUUUGCCGAAGAGAUCACCACCGGUUUCCACAGGUAUGGCUCGGCAAUCUGGCAAAACGGUACCUGGCUCAAAAAUCUACUUUACGAUGCCAAAGACCGAAACAUUCUUCCGAGCAAACAAAGCAGUGUUUGGAAUGCAUCACAAAUGGUCAACAGUGACAAAGUUUCGUCAAACGCCGAAGACAGUGUCUACGCCAUUGCCCUUGUGAGCACCGGACAUGACAAUACCAGUACACCAGAAUCAAUGCAGCUACCGUGCAAAAUUGUUGGGUCGUUUUACAGCAUCUCAGUCAACGGAACUGCAGCAAGCUCUAUUGAGCAUCUGGCCAUGCGGUCGAACGGAGGAUUCACCGACGCCAAAACUUUUGAAGACGCCAAAGACGUGCUGGCUGACUUUGUACAGUCAGAGCGCUGCUGCGUGGAUACUAAUGUGGGAAUUGGGAUCAAACUGAACGGAAAUGCCACGAUCCGUUCGCUGUCCUUGCGGCGCGGCAACUACGACGAGUUCGAUGUUGACCAAGUGAAACAGCCCAUGGGAAGUAGGGCUCUAUGUCCUAUUGGCCACAUUCGGGAAAACGAAACAUACUGCUUAGAUCUGCAAAUUGAGGCAGAUCCUAAUACAAUUGGCGGAGCCGUCGCAUCUUUUGAAGCAUUUUUGAAGCGAGGGUGGUCUCCCAACCCUGAAAAUCAGAGUGCACCUGUUCAAAUACAAACGUUUGUAGAGGCCAUGCCUUUCUAUAGAACCAACUAA